UUCACUUCUACAGCUGACAAUUUGUCCCUCGAUUGCCUCCGUAUUGUAACAGUUAUGGAUUACUUAUUACUGAUAAAAAAUUUAAUCGCGUGACAACCUUAUCUACGUUAUGAAUGUCUGGGACAUCCAGUGGAUAACAAUUGACGCUGAAUGGAAAGGACAAGUGUAUGUUAUGACUUGGAUCAUAGAACAAGAAUUUAGCGCAAUUUAAUCAAAUGGAUUAAACGUGUGCUGGGACGGAUAUUUUCUAUUUAGGAACAGUUUUAAAAUUGACAACGAUGCGAUUAAGCGGUCGAAUAGUGCUUCGUUAUGGGAUUUUAACAAUUAGUGUUUACAUUUUACUUACAUUUAUUUAUAUAUAUGGUUUCAAAUCUGACACCCGGAAACAUAGUUUCAAAACUGACAGCAUCAAACAUCAUAUUAUAAAAGAACCAGAACAAGAAGGAGUUAAAAAAUUAGGAUUUUUACCAGAAGGAAACAAUGACUAUAAACCAACAUUAGAUCUCAUUCCUAAAUCUCUUAGAGACAAAUUGGAGGGCAAAAUACGGGUACAAAUAUCUGUUGAUGAUUUUAGAAAAAGUGAAUCUAUUAAAACGGGAAAUCCCCUGAUUGAUCUGUAUGGAGAAUCGGAUUACAUGCUUUCUGGUGAAUAUGGCCGAGGAUUAACUUUUGUGGCUCAUGAAAAAGACAUCGUUGAGCAAUUGAUGGACACGUAUCAUGUGAAUGUGUAUGCUAGUGAUUUAAUUCCAUUAAACAGACAUGUUCCUGAUUCCAGAACAGCUGGAUGUCAAGGUGUAAAAUAUGAACAUGAUUUGCCAAACGCCAGCAUCAUAAUUCCCUUUUAUAAUGAAUGGCCAUCAACCUUAUUGAGAACAGUUUACAGUGUUAUUAACCGAACACCAAGACAUCUACUUCAAGAAAUCCUACUAAUAGAUGAUGCUAGUACAGAGGAAAUAUUGAAAGACCCAUUGGAUGAGUAUAUUGAGAAUCAUUUCCCGAAAGGUUUAGUUCGUAUAACACACUUACCAACACGUGUAGGAUUAAUACAAGCUCGUAUUAAAGCAUGGCAACAGUCUACAGGAGAUGUUAUUGUUAUAUUUGAUAGUCAUAUGGAAGUCAACGUGGAUUGGCUACAACCUCUAUUAACAGAAAUAAAAAAAGAUAGAAAAACCGUUGCUAUGGGAGUUUUAGAUUACAUAAAUGCGAGAUCUCUGGAAUAUUUUUACAAUAGAGGCUACUUAACUAGAUAUGGAUUUGAUUGGAAUAUGGUGUUUUUUGAAACUUUUUUCCGCCAGGAUCAAAUCGGUCCUAAAGAUUACAGUCCAAGACCAGGCACAGUUAUGGUUGGUGCUGCAUUUGCUAUAGAUAAAUUAUAUUUUGGGGAAAUAGGGACCUAUGACGAAGGCAUGAAAGUGUGGGGUGGCGAAAAUUUAGAACUAUCGUGGCGAGUUUGGUCUUGUGGUGGCAAACUAGUCCAUCUUCCUUGCUCACAUUUCGGACACAUUGCCAGAAGCCAGCCAUACACUUUUCCUGGUGGCAGAAGACAAGUGGAAUUAUUUAACUAUAAACGAGCUGCUGAAGUUUGGAUGGGACCAUAUAAGGAAUUCAUAUACCAAGCUUUACCAGAUAUCAAGAAUAUAGAUGUUGGUGAUAUAAGUGAAAGAUUGGCGCUAAAAGAAAAGUUACAUUGUAAAAAUAUUACCUGGUUUCUACACAAUAUAUGGCCCGAAUUAGCUAUAUAUAAUGAGAACGUACAGGCGUGGGGUUCUGCGAAAAAUUUAGGAACCGGAACAUGCCUUGAUAAUCACAACUACCUGUUUCAAGCACCUGAUAAACUAUAUGUACAUCCAUGUCACUUUCAACUUGGUACUCAGGGAUUCUCAUUAACUAAAGAUAAUUUAUUUAAAACAAGUUUACAAUGUGUUGUGGCAAAAGUAACACAGCCCAUGUUAGAAGAUUGUAUAAUUGGACCAAGAGAUAAAUGGACUCAUGUCAAGGAUGGAUAUAUACAGCAUGCAGACAGUAAGUUAUGUCUCGAUCUGAAAAAUGAUGAACCAAUCAUGAACACAUGUGACCCCAGCAGUGAAACACAAAAAUGGCAGUUCAAUCAUUAUGUUCCAUAAUUUGUAAAUUUUUAAGUAAAUAACCAAUUUUAAGGAGACAUUAGCAAAAUGUAGAGAAAGAUCUGGUUAAUCUUUCGAUAAUAAUCAAAAACGAAAAUCUUGAAAAUUUCAGUGAAAUUCUUUUAUUCUGGAGCGAAGUUAUGAUUGUUUGAAUUUUUUAAAAAGAAAUAGUCAUAUUGUCAGCAAUGAUAAUAAACAAAGUUUUUUUUGUCAGUCGUAUUAUCUGCAGUCUAUGGCCAUAUAACCGUUUAACGCAAAUUUGACGGACAUUGUCUAAUUCUGAUUCGAUUCAUUGGUCUAGAGUGUUGAUUAUAGCCUAAAUACUAAUAAUUUAUAAAACAUUUGAAGUAAGAAACAUGACGGAAUAAUGCCUCUUAUAGAAAGCUAUAAUUAUAUAUUGAUUUGAAAUCAUGUAAUCCAUGAUUUAAAACACAAAAAUAGAAGUUCAAUCAAGAUUGCCGAACUCUUCGGGCGCUAAAUGGUUAGGCAAUUCCAUUUCAAUAGAUCUGAUAAUUCUUAAAUAAGAUAUUUAAUUAUUUAUGAUUGCCUACAUAUUUCAUCUCUAUUUUAGCAUGUUUUACCAAGAAACAUUCAUAUUUUAGUGUAUAUAAAACUUAGUUCUAUUUACAGGAUUAAUGGAUAUCCAUUCAUUAUUAUUCAUAUAGUUCCGAGGCUUUCUAAUUAGACAUACAGUAUUUAUUUUGCCCUUCAUUUGUAUAGUCAAAGCUUUUCAAAUUUGUACAAAGACAUAAAUGUAUUUUCUGCGUCCAGGUCGGGUAACUUUUCAAUGGACGUUUUUUUCUGUUCAUUAUAUUUUGAAUUUAAGCUAUGAACUUAGGUAUUAUAUACAUAUUUAAUAAAAUUCAAUAUUUAUAUUUUCCAAAGAAGAUUUAUUACAUGUUGCACUUUCAACUUCGGUUGAAUCCCCCACAUACCUCAUGAUACAUUACUUUAUUCCAUUUAAGAUAAUUUGAUGUACACUGAUAUGUUUUACCAGUUGACACUGAUAUUUUAUACCAGUUGAUACUUUAUUUUAUACCAGUUUUUACUGUAUUUACCAGUUGAUACUGUAUUUGAUACUGUAUUUUAUACCAGUUGACGCUGUAUUUUAUACCAGUUGAUGUAUGCCAAUUGACAUUGACAUGUUAUGUUUAGAUUAUGAGGAAAGUCGAUAAUAAUUUAUUAUCCUAUACAGCCGUAAGGAUUUCAUAUUAGCCAUGAUUGAAUGGAUGACUAAUUCAUAUUUUUGAAAUGAAAUGAAAUAGGGUUUUAACGUUCUACUGUUCUGCGCCGACUGCGCUAAUGAAGCCGGGGAUAUAUAUUUUUAAUCCCAAAAAUACUGGCACAUAUUACAUUUUCUUGCCGGUUUCAAAACUGAUAUUCCUUUUAUAUAUUUUCACAAUAUUGUAGGUUGCAAGCUAUUAAAAAUCCCCAAAAUGACCAUCGGCUAUAGCGUUUACAACCAUAUUUCUUGGGGCGAGAUUUAGGGAAAGGGUAUUUUUGUUGUUUGGCUUUUGUUAUCGUAAUGUUGCUGGUAAAUGAAUGACAUAAAGGAAUGGUUCUUUUUAUAGUAAUAUCAUUAUAUUUCUAUUUGGGUUUAUACUGUCAAUACAGUUAUAUUUAUGAAUAUACUAGCUAUACAAUUCUAAAUGUUUGUAUAAAUGACAUGUGUUAUGUCUGGUAAAUAUAUUUUUAUAUGGCUGUAAAUUAUCAACAAUUGUGUAUUAGUGGGUAAUUAUUUUUAUUUUGGAAAGGGAAACGAUAAAAGUAUUUGAGAUGAACGUAAACAAUUCUGUAGGUGGUCUGUGGGUAAUAAAAUAUUUACAAUUGCAUUUCCAGAGUUUGAAAAGUCGGCAGAAGUCUUCACAACCAUUUUUUUUAUUACAAAAUUACUAGAAUAGCCACGUUAAAUAUAUCAAUUAUCACAAUCCUACGAAAGCCCAAAAGGCUCAUUCCAAAUUCCAAAUUCAUGUCUUACCAAUAAAAUA